AGGAGAAGAAGGAGGAGAAGGAGAAGAAGAAGGAGGAGAAGAAGAAGAAGAAGAAGAAGAAGAAGAAGAAGAAGAAGAAGAAGAAGGAGGAGGAAGAGGAGGAGGAGGAGGAACAAGGAAAACUUGUGGAAUAUUGAUACCUGAGCCCGUUACGUUAGUAUCCAUCUUUUCCCCAAGUCAACUUGGUAAAACACGUUUAUAAAGUGUGAUCAGAUACCGAAUUUAGAUAUAGAUAUAUAUUUUAAAAUAUACAUAUAUAUAUAUAUAUAUAUAUAUGACGGUUUUUUCCUCAGUUCUUUGCUGACUUGUUUAGCUAGCUAACAGUAUCUAACGUUUUAGUUAGUUGGAACUUUGUUGCUAGGUAGCUGCUAGCGAUAGCAUCACAUAGACUAUAUGCGAUAGCAUUAUGCUACAUGACUGUGGAUGCUAGUCCAAAUGAAUAUAAAAACACGUUAGCAUAUCUGCUACUGUACAAGUAACUGCUAGCUGUUAGCUAUAUAAUGAUAUUACAAUAGCGCUUCGUGGGAAUCUAUUCGUUUUAACAUUUUAGAGUUACUAACCUGACACAAGGGAUAUAAAUCAUUAUUUUGCAUUCCGUGAGUCGAGACAAAAGUCAAAAUCACCUGUUGAUGCAGAGAAAGUGAUCAAGGAAGGAACUUCUGGACAUCCCAAAAAACGCCAACUUGAAUGAAGAAACCAUCAUCAUCAUCAUCAUCAUCAUCAUCAUCAUCAUCAUCAUGAAAGUGACAGUGACAUUUGGACAGACGAGUGUCGUGGUUCCGUGUAAGGAGGGAUGGAAAGUCCGUGAUCUCAUUCAACAAGCCACACAGAGAUACAGAAAGUUAUUGGAACAGGAGGGUGACUUCCUGGUUCGUACCCACCAUGUGGAGUACUGUGACGGGGGCAUCCUGGACCCUGAUGAUGUACUGACUGACCUGGUGGAGGACAGAGAUAAGCUGAUGGCCGUCUAUGAGGAGCAGGAGGCCCAGCGGAGAGGAGCUGUGAGUCCCAGAGCAGGAGUAACAGGAAGAACCAGCCAAGACCCCUAUGACGCCGAGGUCUCCGUCUUCCAGCCAAUCAGAGGAGGAGAGAUAGAGGUCAACUCCUCAGCUCUUAAAUCCA